UUAACAAGAACUGGCAGGACACUCUCUUUAUGAAGCAUACAAUUGAGUAUACUCCUGUAAAUGUUUUCUUUGCAGUUGUUGGACCAGUCGUUGAAUAUGACAGGGCAGCUUCUGAUGAAAUAAUGAAAAUAGAAGAGCAAAAGGUACCAGCCACAGGAAAAAAGCCUAAACGGGGAUAUAAUAAGUACACCCCAGAGCAAAAGGCUGAGAUGGGUAAAUAUGCAAGGGAAUUUGGAAGUACGGCUGCAGCUAAACAUUUUUCUAAACAAUAUAACAUGAAGAUUGAUGAGUCAUCUGUUCGAAUGUUCAAGUCUAAAGUAGCACAAAAGACACAACCUCCAAGAAAAAAGCCUAAAAGGGAAUAUAAUAAGUACACCCCGGAGCAAAAAGCAGAGAUGGGUAAAUAUGCAAUGGAAUUUGGAAGUACGGCUGCAGCUAAACAUUUUUCUAAACAAUUUAACAUGAAGAUUGAGGAGUCAUCUGUUCGAAUGUUCAAGUCUAAAGUAGCACAAAAGACAUCAACUCCAAGCAAAAAGCCUAAAACUAAAAGGGAAUAUAAUAAGUACACCCCGGAGCAAAAAGCAGAGAUGGGUAAAUAUGCCAUGGAAUUUGGAAAUGUGGCUGCAGCUAAACAUUUUUCUAAAAAAUAUAGCAUGGACAUUGAUGAAUCAGUGGUUCGAAGGUACAAGUCUGAAGUAGCGAAACACCUUAAAAAUGUGGACUUGGAAGACAUUGGAUAUAUUAAGACAAGCAACAGAGGCCGGCCUACAAUUUUACCAGCAGACAUUGAAAGUGAAAUGUUUCGGUAUAUUGAAACGCUGCAUGCCUCAGGAACACCAGUAGAUACAACUUUGAUUCACUCAGCUAUCAAGAGAAUUGUCCAGCAGAAAAACAAAAAGCUUCUCUCUGAAAAUGGCGGCCAUAUAGAAAUCACCAAAUCUUUAGUGCCUUCGUUAGCAAACAGAAUGGGAUUUUCAAAAAACAUUCUUAUGUAGUAAAUGGAUAAAACUGUGUCAAUUUUUUGACUGAAAUCUUAUUUUUUGGAGUUAUUUGUACGUUGUACCUGAGGACAUACAAGAUUUUACAUGGAUCAUUUUAACAUGGAUAAUAAUAAAUUACAUACAUUUUAUUGGAUAUAAACAAACUUGCUGCUCUUCAUGUCAAUAAUACUAUAAGUUAUUUAAUGAUUCGAGUGAAAUACAGAAAAUAUUCUUCCCGAGAAGGUUGUAUUUCAUGAUGCGCUAGCAGAGUGAAAUACAGACGUUCAAGGGAAGAAUAUUUUCUGUAUUUCACAAGAAAUCAUUGAAUAACGUUUUUAUUACAUGAUUACCCAUAUAAAACUUGCCUAAAUCAAGUCCCUUGGCUUGGGGCCGGAGAAACAGAUCA